CUUGUUGUUGUCAGUGACUUAUAGGAGAGGGCAGGUCAGCUAUUGGAUAGUCUUAGGGAGAUUUGGUGACCAAGGACCACAGAUCAGCGCUGGAUGGCUCAGAUAAAUAGACCAAUGUGGAGAGGCCCUAAGGAGAGUUGGGCAAGGGCUGUAGAGCUCCUAGCAGAGAGGGCAGGGCCUGGAGGCAUAGAUUAGGAAUCCAGGUAUAGGCUGGGAGAUUUCAAUGACUAUGUAAAUAAGCAUACAAAAUCAGCACCUGUUUAUUUGGCUCCCAUGGCUGAAGGCUGAUUAGAGUGGGUCAGCCCUCUGAGAGUGUGGGUGUCUGAGCAUGUAAUGGCCCCUUUAAGAUAUCAGGCUCUGAUUUGUGGUCCUGAAAAUCUCUAGCUGACACAUCCUCCUGGCUCUGGGUUUGGGAUUAGCUCAUGGGAUGGGGCUGAUGAAAUCCCAGGAAAUUCAGUCUUUAUUGGCUUUAGGCCCAGAGGCCCUUUCCAAACAGCCAAGAGGGUCUACACAGGGCUCUUGUUCUUUCUGAGAGAAGAAAAUGCCCCCACCCCAUACCACUUCCGUUGAGGAGCAGCAUGAGAGGAGACUGGGCCCUCCCAUCCUGAGCCUGGAUUAGGUAGGAAGGAGGAGUCUGCAUUUGUCUGGAGGAGCCUGCAGUUUUCCCCCUAAAUAGAGGGGCCUGGGAAACUGAAGUGUCCACAUCCAGGAAGUCCUAGGAGGUCAAGCUGUAGCCAGCUGGAAGGGCAUUCAGGUACCUGGGCAGGCUCCUCCCUGCGAAGGACCUUCAGCUUCCUCUGGGGCAUGACCGGAAAGGCCAAGACCCGGGAAAAGGAGAAGAUGAGGGAAGCCAAGGAUGCCCGCUAUACCAACGGGCACCUCUUCACCACCAUCUCAGUUUCAGGCAUGACCAUGUGCUAUGCCUGCAACAAGAGCAUCACAGCCAAGGAAGCCCUCAUCUGCCCAACCUGCAAUGUGACUAUCCACAACCGCUGUAAAGACACCCUCGCCAACUGUACCAAGGUCAAGCAGAAGCAACAGAAAGCCGCUCUGCUGAAGAACAAUACUGCCUUACAGUCUGUUUCUCUUCGAAGUAAGACAACCAUCCGGGAGCGGCCCAGCUCUGCCAUCUACCCCUCCGACAGCUUCCGGCAGUCCCUUCUUGGCUCCCGCCGUGGCCGCUCCUCCCUGUCUUUAGCCAAGAGUGUUUCUACCACCAACAUUGCUGGACAUUUCAACGAUGAGUCUCCCCUGGGGCUGCGCCGGAUCCUCUCACAGUCCACAGACUCCCUCAACAUGCGGAACCGAACCCUGUCUGUGGAAUCCCUCAUUGAUGAAGGUGCAGAGGUGAUCUAUAAUGAGCUGAUGAGUGACUUUGAGAUGGAUGAGAAGGACUUUGCAGCUGAUUCCUGGAGCCUUGCUGUGGAUGGUAGCUUUCUACAGCAGCAUAAAAAGGAGGUGAUGAAGCAGCAGGAUGUCAUCUAUGAGCUAAUCCAGACAGAACUGCACCACGUGAGGACACUGAAGAUCAUGACCCGCCUCUUCCGCACGGGGAUGCUGGAAGAGCUACAGUUGGAGCCAGGAGUGGUCCAGGGCCUGUUCCCCUGUGUGGAUGAGCUCAGUGACAUCCAUACACGCUUCCUCAGCCAGCUGUUAGAACGCCGACGCCAGGCCCUGUGCCCUGGCAGCACCCGGAACUUUGUCAUCCAUCACUUGGGUGACCUGCUUAUCAGCCAGUUCUCAGGUCCCAGCGCAGAGCAGAUGCGUAAGACCUACUCGGAGUUCUGCAGUCGCCACACCAAGGCCUUAAAACUCUAUAAGGAGCUGUACGCCCGAGACAAACGCUUCCAACAAUUCAUCCGGAAAGUGACCCGCUCAGCUGUGCUGAAGCGGCAUGGGGUACAGGAGUGCAUCCUGCUGGUGACUCAACGCAUCACCAAGUACCCGGUGCUCAUCAGCCGCAUCCUACAGCAUUCCCAUGGGAUGGAGGAAGAACGCCAAGACCUGACAACAGCACUGGGGCUAGUGAAGGAAUUGCUGUCCAAUGUGGACCAGGACGUGCACGAGCUGGAGAAAGGGGCCCGUCUGCAGGAGAUUUACAACCGCAUGGACCCUCGGGCCCAGACCCCAGUGCCUGGCAAGGGUCCCUUUGGCCGAGAGGAACUUCUGCGGCGCAAGCUCAUUCAUGACGGCUGCCUGCUCUGGAAGACAGCAGCUGGGCGCUUCAAAGAUUUGCUAAUGUUGCUGAUGACAGAUGUGCUGGUAUUUCUCCAGGAGAAGGACCAGAAGUACAUCUUUCCUACCCUGGACAAGCCCUCAGUGGUAUCACUGCAGAAUUUAAUCGUGCGGGACAUCGCUAACCAGGAGAAGGGGAUGUUUCUGAUCAGCGCGGCCCCACCUGAGAUGUAUGAGGUGCACACAGCAUCCCGGGAUGACCGGAGCACGUGGAUCCGAGUCAUUCAGCGGAGUGUAUGCGUAUGCCCAUCCAGGGAGGACUUCCCCCUGAUUGAGACAGAGGAUGAGGCUUACCUGCGGCGAAUCAAGAUGGAGUUGCAACAGAAGGACCGGGCACUGGUGGAGCUGCUGCAAGAGAAGGUCGGGCUGUUUGCUGAGAUGACCCAUUUCCAGGCGGAAGAGGAUGGUGGCAGUGGGAUGUCCCUGCCCAACCUGCCCCGGGGCCUUUUCCGAUCAGAGUCCCUUGAGUCCCCUCGUGGCGAGCGGCUGCUGCAGGACGCCAUCCGUGAGGUGGAGGGCCUGAAAGACCUGCUGGUGGGGCCUGGGGUGGAACUGCUCUUGACGCCCCGAGAACCAACCUUGCCCUUGGAAGCAGACAGUGGUGGUAACACGAGUCCUGGGGUCACUGCCAAUGGUGAGACCAGAACCUUCAAUGGCUCCAUUGAGCUCUGUAGAGCUGACUCAGACUCCAGCCAGAAGGAUCGAAAUGGAAAUCAGCUGAGAUCUCCCCAGGAGGAGGCGUUACAGCGAUUGGUCAAUCUCUAUGGACUUCUACAUGGCCUACAGGCGGCUGUGGCCCAGCAGGACACUUUGAUGGAAGCCCGGUUCCCUGAGGGCCCUGAGCGUAGAGAGAAGCUGUCCCGAGCGAACUCUCGGGAUGGGGAGGGUGGCAGGGCUGGGGCUGCCCCUACAGCUCCUGAAAAGCAGGCCACAGAACUGGCAUUACUGCAGCGGCAACAUGCACUGCUGCAGGAGGAAUUACGGCGCUGCCGGCGGCUAGGUGAAGAACGAGCAACCGAGGCUGGCAGCCUGGAAGCCCGGCUCCGCGAGAGUGAGCAGGCCCGGGCUCUGCUGGAGCGAGAAGCUGAAGAGGCUCGCAGGCAACUGGCCGCCUUGGGCCAGACUGAGCCACUCCCCGCCGAGGCCCCCUGGGCCCGCAGGCCUGUGGAUCCUCGGAGGCGCAGCCUCCCUGCAGGCGAUGCCCUCUACUUGAGUUUCAACCCCCCACAGCCCAGCCGAGGCCCUGACCGCCUGGAUCUGCCUGUGACUAUUCGCUCCAUCCAUCGACCCUUUGAGGAUCGUGAGAGACAGGAACUGGGUAGCCCUGAGGAACGGCUGCAAGACAGCAGUGACCCUGACACUGGCAGCGAGGAGGAAGGUAGCAGCCGUCUGUCUCCGCCCCACAGUCCUCGAGGUGAGACCCUGGCGGAGACAUGGACUAGAGACUUCACUCGAAUGCAAGACAUCCCAGAGGAGACGGAGAGCCGCGACGGGGAGCCUAUAGCCUCAGAGAGCUAAGGGGGCCCCUCCCCCUGCCCUGUGCCCCACUGAAGAACAUUACUGAGGGGGGCAAACCUUGGGGACUCCAAUUUGCCAAUGAUGAGGAAACAUUUGAAAGAACUGCUGAUUGUUCUUGCCAGCUCUUGGUAUCCUUGGAUACCUGGGGUCAUUUAAGAAGCUGGGGGAAUUAGGCCACAAUACCCCCAGGUGGCAUCCAAAGCUCCACCACAGAUGCCAAUUUUUCAUGCCUUCUUCCCUCUACUUUAGGAAAAUUUAUUUAUUUAUUGUUUAUUAGUUAUAGGGGAGAGGGGGGAUUUAAAGGACCAGGGACAUGGGAACCAAGCCAUAGGGAUCAGGGGGCCUUGUCCUUUAACACUACUGGGGUAUAUUCAGGCUUAACCAUGCAGCUGCCGGGUUCUAGCCCUAACACCCCUCCCCAGCAACCCCCAUCUUGGAGGAGAGGCUGCAGCCACAGGACCCUACGACCCUUUAAGGAGGGCUGUGGGCAGGGCCAUGUCCCUCUGCUCUGUCCCCUCCACCUCUUACCUCUGUCCUCCAUGGGAGCCCUAGGGUGAUAACCUGGCUUCCUAGAGUUGAUGGAAUAGAAAUUGGGGUGCCAUAAUGGUUUGUUAGGGGUGAGGGGAAAAAAAUCUACAGGGACCAGAAUGUUUAGUUGUUGUUUUCUUUUCUUUUUUGUACCAAAGCCAACUGCACGUGUUUUAUAUUUUUAAGAGAAGAUUGUAGGCAAUUAGAGAUUGCAGCCUUCUACUUCCAGAUCUCUGAACAAGUUGAGGGUGGGGGAGAAAACGACUUCUCCCUUGAUCAACAGUAAUGGAGGACCUAUACUGACCUCUUCCCCAGCCAUUUGCAAAAACAUUCUCGGGUGGGCUGGGAAAUCUCUAGGAACCCUGACCUCGUCUUCCACCUCAGCAACCAUGACCUGAAACCUCAGUGUGAAUUUUGGGGAUUUUUCAAUGGACCGCCCCAUGCCCACCAGCCCUGGCCAUUUUUCUGCCAAUUUGGUGUUAAAAAACAAAACACAGCAAAAAAAGAUCAAGCAGGGAAAAUUAAAGACCUGGAACCCCA